ACCCUGUCCUCGUCCUCCUCCUGCUCCUCAGUCUGUUCUCCAGAGUGAUGAACACAGGCUCUCAGUUUGUGAUGGAGGGAGUGAAGAACCUGGUGCUGAAACAACACAACAUUCCUGUCACUCGGAUCCUGGACAACCUGAUGGAGAUGAAGUCUCAUCCUGAAACGGACGAUUAUCGAUACUUUGACCCAAAGAUGCUGCGAGGCAGUGAGAGCUCCAUUCCCAGAAACAAGAAUCCAUUUCAGGAGGCUGUCGUGUUUGUGGUCGGAGGCGGGAACUACAUCGAAUACCAGAACCUGGUGGACUAUGCUAAGUCCAAACAGGGGAAGAAGGUCAUUUACGGCUGCAGUGAACUCUUUAAUGCUGCUCAGUUCAUCAAACAGCUGUCUCAGCUUGGCCAAAAGUGACAUGGACACCAACAAAAUGUGAACCUCGCUCUCUCUCCCUGUUUUAUAAAAAGUGUAAAUUAAAAUUGUCUUCAUUGUUUCUGUCUCUCGUUCUCAGUACUAAUAAAGUUUCAGUUUCACUCUCA